GUCCGCCCGCCGCUUCCGGUGCGUUGCCAUGGCUGCCGCGAUCAACUUCCGGCUGGCCGGGCGGGCGCCGUGAGGGGCGGCCGUGAGGGGCUGUGAGGGACGGCAGGGGCCACUGCGGUGAGGAGAGGCCAUGCCUGCCAAGGCGGCCGACAAGCGCCGGCAGGGUGUAAGUGGACCUUCAAGAGGAAGGCCAUCAAAGGCUGGUAAAGCUGGAUCUAAAAAACGGGAUGAAGAUGCCUCCCCUGAAGCAGGAGAUGCUCUUGGAGACUUGGCAAGGGCUCUUGUCAAAUCCCCAGAUCAACUGGAGCUGACUGAAGCUGAAUUAAAACAGGAAAUUACACGCACCUUGACAGCUGAUAAUCCUCAAGCUCCCCAGAAUAUUGUCAGAUUCAGCUUUAAAGAACGAGAAUACAAGCUAGUAGACUACCUGGAUCAAACAGCCAUUCACUUCUCUUUGAAUGGAAACCUGAUACCCAAAGAUUCAGAUGAAGGCAGACGACAGAGUAUCAGAUCAAACAUUGAAGCAGAAGAGGCUCCUGUUGAGACUCCUGCUGAAACAUCUGAACAGGCAGAGAUUAAAGAUGAAGAACAGACAGGAGAUACUGAGGCUGCAGGAGAGGGAGAGGGAGGAGAAGAAGAGGAAGCAGCUGAGGAAGUAGCUGAGGCAGCCGAGGCAGCAGAGGCAGCCGAGGCAGCAGAGGCAGAAGAGCCUCCUCCAAAAGCACCUGAGAAGAAGCUUCCAAACCAGUUCAACUUCAUUGAGAGAGCUUCAACGACGCCCUUCAACCCUCUGCGGGAAAAAGGAUGUCAGACGGAGCCUAUACCUUCUCUAAAUUUCUCAGCCACUAUUCACCAGUGGGACAUCUAUGAUGCCUAUGUGGAGGAACUUCAGAGAAUGGAAAAGGCAAAAGAGAAAGAAAAAUCAAAACCUCAGGCAGUAAAGAAAGAAGAGGAGAAGAGAGGUUUAAGAAAGUUAUCCCAUGUGGAGGUACAGCACGUCGAUCCUAUAACCAGAGUUGCAAAGGCUGCUAAAAUAGCGGAGCGGAUGGUGAAUCUGAACACCUUUGAUGACAUUGCACAAGAUUUUAAAUAUUUUGAGGAUGCCUCAGAUGAAUUCAGAGCCCAGCAAGGAACCCUCCUCCCACUCUGGAAUUUCCAGUAUGAGAAAACCAAGAAACUUGCAGUUACUGCCAUCUCCUGGAAUCCAAAGUACAAGGACCUAUUUGCAGUGGGGUAUGGCUCUUAUGACUUCAUGAAGCAGGGCCAUGGCAUGGUCCUGCUCUACACCCUGAAGAACCCCUCCUUCCCAGAGUACAUCUUCAGCAGCGACAGUGGCGUCAUGUGCCUGGACUUCAACAGUGAGCACCCCCACCUCAUAGCAGUGGGCUUCUAUGAUGGCAAUGUGGCCAUCUACAACCUGAGGAAGGAAACCUCCCAGCCCAGCUACAAGAGCAGUGCUGAGUCAGGAAAGCACUCAGGGCCAGUGUGGCAGGUCAAGUGGCAGAAGGAUGACAUGGACAACAAUUCAAACUUCUUCUCUGUCUCCUCAGAUGGAAGGAUUGUUUCUUGGACUUUAGUUAAGAAUGAGCUGGUUCAUAUGGAUGUCAUCAAGCUGUCAGGAGAGGGAACGAUGCAGGGGCCAGAGGGGCUGCAGCUGCAAACACUUGGCUGCGGGACAUCGUUUGAUUUUCACAAAAAGAUAGACUAUUUGUUUCUCGUUGGUACUGAAGAGGGAAAGAUCUAUAAGUGUUCAAAAAGCUAUUCAAGCCAGUUUCUGGAUGUGUUUGAAGCCCAUCACAUGGCUGUGGACACAAUCAGCUGGAAUCCAUUUCACUUGAAAGUCUUCAUUUCCUGCAGCUCUGACUGGACAGUCAAGAUCUGGGAUCACACCAUCAAGACUCCGAUGUUUGUUUAUGACCUGAGUUGUGCUGUAGGGGAUGUUGCAUGGUCUCCUUACUCCUCCACAGUCUUUGCUGCAGUCACCAUUGAUGGCAAGGCCCAUGUGUUUGAUCUGAACAUUAAUAAGCAUGAAGCUCUCUGCACCCAGCUGGUGGUGACCAGGAAGAAAAAUAAAACAACCCACAUCCAAUUUAAUCCUGUCUUCCCUAUUAUCAUUGUUGGAGAUGAACGAGGCCUCAUCACAUCCUUGAAGCUCUCUCCCAACCUGCGCAAGAUGCCCAAGGAGAAGAAAGGCCAGGAGGUUAAGAAGGGUCCCGAGGUGGAAAUGGCGAAGCUGGAGAAGCUGCUUAGCCUGGUAAGAGAGCCGGAGGCCAAGGCAGAGACGUAAGAGGGGGGAACGAUGGCUCUGCCAGCAGCCGCCGGCCGAACAAGCUCGGCUUUGAUCGGCGGCUGCUUGGCAUGCAAGCCACGGGCCAGCGCCGCCCACUUUUUGCACAACAGGAACACUUCGCCUCUGUGCCCGGACAAAUAAACGAAGGUGCUGGGAGA